CCUAAACGUUACCUACCAAAAGCAGGGGUCGAUUCGCGGUAGGUAUGCCACUACUCGUCGACAACUCACGUCGUUCACCACCCCCUUGAUGCUUCGCAAAAAGUUGAGGACGUUGGUUUAGGCGAUGCUUAGAGCGGCCUACAUAUUAAUAACCUUUCUUCCCCAGUAAUUCUGAACGCAUCGGGACUUCGGCACCUAGGGUAGGUACCGACCCAUAAAGAGGUGUUGUUCGUAGGCAUCCCCAAGAACCCAUGGCUAGUACUCCUCCUCCACGGCGUGCCCCGGUCCUGUCUCGAUCGUCGUCGCCGUCGUCGCCGCCGCCGCCGUUGUCGUCAUCGCCUACCGCAGCAUAUGUGCACCCCCGGCCGCGGCCGCCCAAGUCGCCGGCGCACUCAGCCCAGAUCCGUGUCCAGAACCGGCGACGCGAGUACCUUGAGCGUAACCCCGGAUACUUUGACUCGCUUGAGCACGAACUGACUGAUCCUGUUCUCUACGACGCGCUCAUACGGCGCUUCCAAUCGCCGGCCGAGCGCGAGAAGGAAGGGCGUGAGAAGGGUUAUUCUCGUAUGCUGGAAGUGGACCUAAUUCGGGGCGAAGCCAAGCUGGCUCAACUCACUUCCUCCGUCACGUACGCUUCAGUUUCCACUUCCUCCUCUCAGGAACGGCAAAGUGAGAUCCGGGCGGUAACGGGGGACACUUCUUGGAUUCCGCUACCUGCAUCCACGGAUGCGGACGUCUUCAUAAGGGAGUACGCCAACGGCGACGAUGAUUACGGCAGGGUGAGAGGCCGGGGGGGAAGAGAAGGGCAAGAAGACAUGCACUCGCGGGAGGAAAAUGGGAACGCGGCGCCCCGGACGCCCAAAACUAAGGAAGAAGGACACGGGCGGUGGGUCAAAUUCCUGCGCCGGCGGUUCGUGCUGGGUCGCGACGACGACUUCGACUACCGCGUCGUGGACGAAGAUGAUGCGCUCGAUAUCAUGGAACAGCGUGAGCAAGAGGAUGCAUGGUUCGACGACGAGGAUCCCGGCUGGGCUAGUGGUGGUGAUGACGGUGAUGUCGGUGGUAGCGACAAAAGGGGGGCGAGGAGACUUGAGGGCGAGACGGGGGUCCAGGAUUUCUGAGUAGAGGAGGCCCUCGGGGUGGUAAGCUCGACAACCACGCCCACAUCCCUAUGCCACAGAGUGACAAACCCGGCCGACAGAAUAAUGCCGGAGACUACAACCUGGAAUACCUCAUCCCGGCAUGCAUGAAGAUCCCGAUAAACCGGAUCACGGCAUCCGGGGAAGCAAAUGGGUAACUCUUCCAGUAGCCUUCAAUUGUAGCGUAUGCUUGCGCUUCAAACCGCAAUAUACAGAUGGACAAGCG